AUGCCCCACCUUGAAUUUGGCGACAAAGUUGUUCUCCCUCCGAAAAUCUUGCUAGAGCUACAGUGCUCGAAAAUCACCACACCAUUCCAGUUCACGAUCCGAGCCGCAGGAGUCAAUUCUACCGAGGAAAAUAGCCUUCAGUAUUGCUCCGUCCAGGAAUUUAGCGCACCAGAAGGGCAAGUUUUCCUACCGUACUGGCUGAUGCAUAACCUACAUGUUCCAGAAGGAGGAUCAGUCGUCGUAUCCAGUGUUACCGACCUUCCUCGGGGGAUUUACUGUCGACUGCAGCCAGAAACCACGAGCUUUCUGGAUCUGGCUGCAGAGGUUGGCCCUAAGCUGUUGAUGGAGACUGCUCUUCGACGAUACUCCGUUUUGAGUGUGAAUUCAACAAUUGUCAUCGAGUAUGGCAAUGUGCGGUACUACGUCCGAGUCGCAGAACUGAAACCAGCGGCGGUGGUUAGUUUGUGCGGCGAUGUCGACUUAGAGACAGACUUUAUGCCCCCAGAGUUUGAGUGCUCUAUUUGUCACGAGAAAAUUCUACAAGUGAACGAUGAGCAGCAUCACCAUUGCCCGGAAUGCACACUUUUGUGUGGAAGCAGAGAAUUAGUAGCAGAUCAUCAGCGCCAAGAACACACUGCUAGCUGCAAGUGCAGACUUUGUGGCGCACUGUUCACGCCUCGCCCACUUCUCGCCCAGGGCCGAUUACGGCGCAAAGGCGACACAAGCGCGCUCCACCGUCACUCUUCAUCAUCUGCACAGCUGAGAUCGGCCAACAAUAACCAGUUGAAUCACCCCGACCCGCUCGUUCACCGCUCUGCUACAAGCUUCCUCGGCCUGCCGACGUUGUUACCGUCAACGUCGCGAUCACUGCAACAAGCACGAAAGCUGCGUAAGCCAAAGCCGAAGCCCAGGCCCAACCCACACCUCAGUUCGCUGCCGCAAAGAGUGUCUAAACCAGUGAGCGCACUGGAAGGACCGCGCUCCAGCAGCAGUUCUGGCCCGGCAGAGCUAAGCAUCUCAAGCGCCGGGGGCACAUCACAUCGCGCUGGUCCUCCUCAGCCUCGUUCUCAAAGCAAUAGCCGCGUUCGAAGGCGGCCAGCAGCCUCAGGUCGACUGGACAAGCUGCUGUAG